UCAACUCAGUCGUUCACUGUGCAUACRGAUUCUCUAGUAACUUCACUUCUAUGUGCAUUUCAUCAGAACGUACUUAAAAAAUGUUCAAUUCGGCAUUAACUGUGAGGUCGUGAAAUCGCGUGUUUCUUCGCCCGGCCGCAAGGUUUGAACCCUUAUUAACUCUGAAAUAACAUCUUAGGUCAUUUGUAGGCACGCAACUCUUCAAUGGCUCAGUUCUUUGUUUGUUUCAAAAUAUGAUAGCAAUUCUUCGACAAGGAUUCUCUUUCGAGUAGAAUGAUUAAAGAAAACACCGUGUCGCGAUCGACUGGAAUCCAGUCUUCGACAUUUUAAUCCUAAGUGUAUAAUCUAAACACUACUGAGACUGCGCAGUCACGUGAUAAACUAUUAAGUCAAACGGACCAUUGGUUGGCUGGACUUAGAAAGAAAAGUUCUCAACUUAGACCAGCUUGUUUAUAUUGCGGAAGACUCCAGCUCUACGAUGAAUAACACUACAGUUGAAGCUUCACAACCUUACUGUGUAAUAUGGGAUUCCCAAGCUGCCCGCAUUGGCGCUGUGGUAUUGUAUGUCAUUAUAUUUAUCUUGUCCGUGGUUGGAAACGUUCUGGUUGUCAUCGUUGUUUAUCGAAAUAAAUCGCUCAGAAACUCGACAAAUUACUUUAUCGUUAACAUGGCAGUCUCAGAUUUAUUAGUCCCGGUUCUGAUUAUUUCCCGAAAAGUCAAGGAAAUACUCACUCAGUCUCAGGCAUGGGACAUAUCUGGUAUUCCAGGAGAGGUUCUUUGUAAAGUGUUUUAUUUUCUAGCUGAUGUUUCGCCGGCCGUUUCCAUUCUCAGUCUUAUUUGUAUCUCAUUUAAUCGUUUUUGCGCUGUUAUGUUUCCACUACGCCACAAGAGGACUUGCCACGUUCCAAGAUGUGCCACAAUAGCCUUGACUUGGCUCAUCAGCUUCGCUGCGCUGGCUCCAAACUUAUAUGCUUACAAACUAGUAAGUCGCAAUGAACAUCAGUUCUGUCAAAUCAAAUGGGAACCAGCAUUUGAUCACGCCCAAGCCCAGAAAGCGUACACUACGUUCAUCGUCGUCGCCUUUAUAUUCAUUCCAAUGAUCGUACUAAGCUUUAUCUACAUCAAUAUUUGUGCUUUCAUAAUCAGACAGAAAGUCAUUGGAAACAGAUCUGAGCGGGAACAUGCUAUAAGGGAUCGCAAAACUCGAUCCGUAGUGCGACUUGCCAUCACUAUUGUCCUUGCGACUACCAUAUGCUGGGCACCUUACGGUGUCAUUCUACUGCUUUAUUCCUUCAAAUACAACUGGCAGUUUCCCCGUGGAUGCAAUUGGAUGCUAUACUAUCAGUUUGCGCAGAUAUCUGGGGUAUCGAACGCGGCUAUCAACCCCGCUAUUUAUUUUAUUUAUGUCCAAAACUACAAAAAGGAACUGAAAAGAAUAGUUACCUAUGUUACAAGUCGAUUUGUGCCGACGUUUUCGCAUGCUGGGCUUCUGACAGCGCAGCCUCAGAAGAUGGAGAUGGAACAACUGUAACAUGGUUUGGAACAAUAUCGCAGCUCAUAUAAUCCAUAUCUAACAGACUGGAUUCAAAGAAGCGUGGAAUUUUUGCAAUCGCUACAUAAUGUAAAAUAAAACUUCAAAAACCCAGGGUAAAGUAAGGCACAAAAAGCAAGAGAACUCGAACCGGAACAAAGUACUAAGUCAAUGUGUGUUUUCUUUACAGAAACACCACAGAAUAAAAGACAAGACUAAUAUGCUAAUUACCGGAUGAAACACUCGAACUACGAAAAGUGGAGCGUCAAUGUUUUUUUACAAAUCUCGUAACGCUUGCAAGCCGAUGACAUCUUGAAGUAAUACGCGUUGUAUAAUCUAAUCGAAGCUUUUGAAAAUCUAAAAAUUUACAUUUAGGAUAAAACGUAUUGAAGCAGCUCUUGACUUCAUAAGAACUUUGACGCAAGAUUUUUUGGAAUAACUCACAAUCUGAAAAUUCUAAGUGAAGUCUAAUUAAUGAGGGGGUUUGGUGUGAAAUACUACGGAUUUAAAGGAGUAUUUUAUUUCUCCAGCAGCAAAAGUCACGCUACGAGCUCAGUAGAAGUUGAAUUUCAGUCGCUAUGACAGCGAUAGCGGUAAUACGGAUUUUCGUUAAUGACCUGUAAAAACCAUUAUUAUUUUUUAACCAAUUUUAACGACUUGGAAAGUAAUGAAAAAGGCCCACRAUGGCCUAUCAAAAUCUUUGCUGAUAAGAUACCAAAUGGUUUUUCUCAAUGACGAUAAUUUUUUUUGGUGUUGAUUUUUAGGUGAAGAAAGUUCGAGAAAGUCGAGCAACUAGUGUGUGUUGGUAAUAAUCUAAUUAUGUAACUAAGGCUUAAAGGCAGAUUUAUACCAUACACAUAUCAAUUA